GGUCACCAGAUUAUUUGGUCUAACGUGUGUUGGCAUGCUGUUUGCCAUCUAAAAUUCAAUAAAUGGUAUCACGACAAGACUCCGAUCAACUCCUGUUAGUUUAAUAUUGUGUCACCGUCGUAGGAAAAGAAGCAAGACAGUUGUCAAGAUUUGAAACUUGAGUCUUGUUGAUAACGUUAGCUGCAAGCCUUCAACGAUAUUUUUGGUUGGGGAGGGGGCCGCAGCUGAUCCCUGCCAUGGACGAGGCGGUAGGGCUACCUGAUUUCUGCAGACGCCUUCCGAAAGUGGAGCUCCAUGCCCACCUGAGUGGCUCGGUUAGUGAGACAACCAUCCAGAAACUACAGGUGAAGAAGGGCGUCGGCCAUGAGGGCCUUCAGGGGGACACCGCCAUCGGGAAGGGUGAGACAAGACAUCUUCAGGAACCCUUCCGAAUCUUUAAGAUCAUCCAAGACCUGUCUGACACCGAGGAGUCUAUCUUCAUGAUGACGGAGGAUGUGAUAUCAGAAUUUGCUGCAGAUGGUGUAAGAUACCUGGAACUCAGGAGUACUCCGAGACAUAUGCCUCACACAGGUAUGACACCCCAAUCAUAUGUAGAAUCCAUCCUGUCUGCCAUACAGAAGUGUAAGGACAGGGAGGAUGUGGUCGUCAGACUUCUGCUGGCGAUCGACCGGCGCCAGUCCGUGGAGACGGCCAUGACAACCGUCCGGCUGGCGCAGGAGUACAUGCUGAGGUCACCUGGGGUCGUGGUGGGCAUCGACCUCAGCGGAAACCCAGCUGUGGGGGAUGGGAGGGACUUUAUCCCCGUGCUGAAAGAGGCACAGAACUGUGGACUGAAGCUGGCUCUUCACAUCGCUGAGAUAUCCCAGCAGGCCGUUGCCCCGGAGACCUCUGCACUGCUGUCCCUCCCCCCGGACAGGGUCGGACACGGAACCUUCAUCCACCACAACCAGGACCUCGCAGCUGUGGUGGCUGACAGGAAGAUGCCUUUUGAAAUCUGUCUGACGUCCAAUGUGAAGGCGCAAACUGUGGCGUCCUACGGGGAGCACCACUUCCAGCACUGGUACAGCAGGAAACAGCCCUGUGUGUUAUGUACGGAUGACAAGGGUGUUUUCUGCACCACAUUAUCAGAGGAGUACCGGCUUGCAGCGGAGACGUUUGGCCUGACCAGACCUGCCCUGUGGGACCUGUCCUACAGCAGUAUAGACCACACAUUUGUGGGGGAGGACCUGAAACAGCAGCUCAGGGACAGGUGGAAUACGGAGAAGGAGAAACUGUUCCUCCAGACUAGAUAGAACCUACGUAAUACAAAAUAAAUCAACAGGAAAGAUCUUUGAAGAGCCAUGAUUCAGACCCAUGCAGUUUGUAAUGAUGACCUCCUUGUUAGUUUUAACACUAUGAUGUGUGGGGUAGUGUAAUGACAGGAAGUUUGAUGUAUAAUAUUUGGUAAACAGUUGCAGUGUUAGGCAGCAGGGAGAAGGUUAUUCAAAUAUAAAAGGGGUGCUUGAUGGUCCUCUUUUCUCCACACCUACUGCAGGAAGAGCCCUUAUAAAGGCGUUGACAGCUUGUAUAAUGUUUAAUCUCUAACUGGGUGUGUGGCAGCGCAUUGCUUUUAGCAGAUCCUCAAGCCUGGGGACCAUUCUCUAUGUGAUGGCUUUUAAGUGCCCUAACGGCCACAGUCCUACUGAGUUUAGGCAUUUCUUUCAGACAGCCUGGCUUUUCAGCCAA